AUGUCCUUGUCGCGAUGGUCGGGGUUGCGGGAGAUCAUCGUGGACGUGGUGCACACCGACAGCCAGGAGUGCGACAUUGUGCAACUGACCGGGCUGCAAAGGUUGUGGGAUGGCUUGGAAGCGCACCGGGGGGGAACCCGAGUGAACCAAACUUUCCCAGAAUUCAUUAGAGAGACCGCUCAGAGCUUCGCGUUGAGAGGUAGUGAUGGUGACGAUGAAAGUUACCAUCCGAAUGUCAUUGUCAUGAUGUUCCAUGACUUCGGAUGCCGUGCCAAAGCGAACACCUGGCAACAACUGCUCCGUUUGCUUCCCGUGGCACCGAUUUUGCCCCCGGACCCAGCCCGCUCGAGUCGCCGCUCGAGGGCGGCAGUUCAAGCCGCCGGAUCUUCUGGAUCACAGUGCUCGUCCGGGAACCGGGAAGGCGUUGCGGGUGUGGAUGUGGUGGACUCUGGGGACGUGGCGCCUGCACCACGAGAUCAACUCAUGCAACAGCAAUCCUUGGACAUGAUCCGGAGGCAAGAAGCUCAGAUCAAGAGCUUGAAGGCAAGCAAGAAGCAACUUCAGCAGAAGUAUCGACGCCUGCAACAUCAAAAUCAGAAGCGUGAAGACAAGUACAGGAAGGAGAUACAGAAGCUCAAGUCUGCAGACGACUUCCGUGUGCAGCGAACAAACGAUGAGUACUUCGACAAUCCGAAACGAAAGUGGAGUUGGCUGACACCGACAGGCAUUGUCAACGUUGGCGUGGUACGGCGCAAUCUGUCGAACAUAUCCUGCGCGGACUUUGGUCGGGUGGUCUUGACGGACAUUUCAGCUACGACGGUGUCGCGGUGCGAGCUCAAGGUAGGAGCUAGCUUGGUUGCAUCCGCGAGGUUGUUCCAUACCAUCAUGAAGCAGUCACUUGCAGUGGAUUCUGAUCUUGCUGCUGCCCCACGUCACCCCACAGCUGCAUGGUCAUUGUGUGUGCACGCAUACAGACAAGAUGCGUCUAAUGGCCGCCAGAAGAUUAGUGCCAUGGAGCUCGACACCGUCUACAUCGCCAAUGUCAAACCGCAUGAGGAGCAGUCACUGGCAUGGCAGGACUUCAGAAGGCUCAAACGGCUUGCUGACCUUAUCAACAUUCGUGAUGAAUCCGGACCAGGCUCCGUAGAUGUGCACGACCUUGACCGUCUGUUUCUCUGCACCACAGACAAGGGCAGCAAUGAAUCCUGGGCCAGGCGCUGUAUUUUGGCAGAGAUGGCGGAGAAGCCAGGUGUUUUCUUUUUUGACAGCGACUGCCUGGAGCAUGCACCGCAUCUCGUGGUCAUGUCCUCACUCCUUCUUUGCGAUAGGCUCCUUGCCGGUCGUUGUCACUGGAAGUAUUGGACGUCCUUGGCCAUGUUUGCGCACACUGCACGUGACGUGGCCCAGCCCCUCUACGAGCGGUGGGGACAGCUUUGGGGAGCCUGUUCAGCCAAGGCAGCGGUGAAGAAGCUGUUCCCUCGGGCUGUGUCUCAGCGCUGGGGGCGAGUGCAUGAGCUCGAAGAACGCAUCCUGCAGGCAGGGGUUCCGAGGUUGGCGCUGUGCAUGGCCGAGGUCCUUACAGGCAAGGCCAUCGAUGAUGCGGAGGCAGAACGUCUGACGGACUUGCCAAAUGAUGUCGCUGCCACUGACCAGUGCUACAUGGAAGCCCUGCAGAAGAUCAGGCAAGCCGUCCAGGUCUCCAAGAAGAAGGCAGCCAGCCAAGAGAAGGCCACGGGCGCCAAGCAGACCCCCAACGAGCUCGAGGUCGAGCAAACCAAAGCUUACUCCAUUAAGAUGAGCCAAUGGAGGGGGCGGACUCUCUUGGCAAUGUCGGACCGAAUGUGGGGCAGGGUCAUACAAGUCAUGCAUCGUGCACGGGAGCCUAUUAUCCAUCUCAGCAACUUUGUCAAGAAGCUAGUGCCGGAACGCGAGUUUUUAGAACGUGGAGGCACUCUGGCACAGCUGGUAAUGGGCAAGGCAGAAUCCUUGCAAGCGGAGUUCCAGACACUGGCCAGCAACUCUGACAACUUCUGGACAUAUGUUGUUGAUGGCCUGUCCACGGAAGAUGCUACUUUUUUGCAUGCCUUGGCCGUCAAGAUCUUGCUGCACAACGCCACUGGCUUUCACCGCCGUGUUGUACAUCCUUUGCAGUCAUUUCCUCACCGACUGCUGUGGUUCACCUUCUCUUCUCCCGACAAGUGCUGUGAGCGACGCAUUGCUCUCGCCAGGGAGUUGCUGAACACACCGGAUGCGUCGUUGGAAGUGAAUGCACGCAAAGUGAAGCAUCGAUUCCAGAGUGCACUGCAGAAAACGCUCAAAUCCGGACUCUGCUCCCGCAGGUUGUACUGGUUACUGAAGUGUGCAAGCAUCCUCUGGAAAUCAGACGUGAGGGAGAACGAGCGCCUCAACAAAAUGGUUGCUCUCUUACGAGAUCGAUGCCCCAACUGCAGUUUGGACCUCCGCAGUGCGCGGGUGGGCCUCAAGUACCUUCUCGGUGAGGCAGGGGAGGGGACAGGCAAAAGCUCUGCCAAGUGGUCCACAUUUCGGCCUGUUGCCGAGAGGGUGCGGCAUCAGUGCCUUGAAGUUUGGGACCAGGUGGGGCAUGUGCAGUCGGAUCCCAGCCGGUGGCACCCCAACCACCCCAAUGCUAGUCUCACUAGCGAGGAGGUGAAGAAAAUUUGCAACAAAAUGCAGCCGCACCUCAACACCACCACCCUCCGGCACAUUUGGGCAGCCAGCUACUCGGCACAGGUGCAUAAGGAGCUCGACUGCAGCGAUGAAUCUCUUCCGGUGGUCUUCGUCAUCGGGGUUAAGCAUCAGGGCCAAAGCAAAUCUUCGUUUACCUUCUGGAUUGCCGGAGAGAAGGUCCGCAACAGGUACGUAGUCUGCCCAGCCCAGCAUGCAUGCAGCCGGUUGACCUGGAGACUGCAAAGCUCACAGCCUUUCGUUGCCGUGCUCAAGGAGCAGUACGAUGCGGUGAAGGCAGGCUCAGCCGUGAGGGUCAUGCAGUGCCACAUCACCGAGCUGGGUUGCGACGGUCCGGUGACGUCUGCCACGGUCUCCACACCAAAGCCGCUCAUCACGCUGGAGCCUCCCAAUCAAGCUUUUGUGGCACAAGCCACUGGUCGGAAGGCGGAGGCGCGUGAUGGCGGCGACGAUGAUGGUGAUGUGGACAGCGACACGGACGUUGAGUCGGGUGUCUCGGACGAGACUGCUCGUUUGCUGCAUCUUGGUGCUGCGGCAGCCUUCGAUCCAGAUGUCAUUGGCGGCGGGAAUGAUGAGCUGGAGGAGCAGUUUGAGAAUCGUCUGCGGGCAGAGGCUGACGAGGACUUGGUAACACAGCAUGAGCAGGAGGCAGUUCUACGGCAAAUGGAACGCAAAGAAUUCAACAUGGACGAUCCACAGCAGCAGCUGGAGAUUGCUGCCUUGGCAAGACAAUCUGGCAUAGAUGCCGUGGAUGCGGCCGUGGAGAUUGCAGUGGCACGGGAAGCGGGCGUCUCCGCGACAGAUUCACCCAGGGUGAUAGCAGCAGUGGGCAGUGAGCAGAUGGCUAGCAGUCAUGCUGCAUCAGCACCACCGUCGUCGGAACCGGGACCGGCAUUCCCUGUCGACAUGGCUGCCGAUGAGAGACUGCACCCCGCAGAUGAGUGGUCGUCGGCAUUCUCGACCGGCAUCCGUUUGCUGCUUGAGCAAGCGACAGAGGCGGGCGGCCAAGACGGCCACGACUGGGAUGGCGUAUCACUGGUUUCAUGGACCGAAUCAUGCAGAGGUAUCAACACGCACCGCACUGAGUUCAUUACCUGGGUCAAGGAAGGAUUCACAGGUCGCAUUGCGCCAGUGGAUGAUGCGACGAAUAUGAUCAAGGCUGUUGUUCCUGUAGGCAAGAACAAGACUCCGAUUGACCUACGUGCAAGGAACAUGGUCAUUGUCUGGCGAAAAACAGGCGCAAGGCAUGUAAAGGCCGCAUGGAAGCGGAAUCAGGGACAAAGCACUGUCCCGAGCCAGCUGUUGCGACUCAAGGAGAUGUGGACUCUGGCACAUGCUGACACAGCAGUCGACACAUCGGGCGAAGCAUCUUUCGCAAACAAAUGCUUUGUCUGCAACAGGUUCCGUCCUCUUCAGCUCCCUUGCCUGCCGGCGAGCCGCUGUUGCAUAUGUUUGCUGGAUGCACACGUGUCAUGCUCACGCGAUGUCUCGACUGUGGUUCGGCAGAUGAUGUCCCCGGUGCACCGUGAGGCAUCGGAUCCUCCAGACCCGGCCAGGACACCUACAUGCAGGCUCACUAUUGACGGCAUCGACAUCGAAAUCAACGUCCCACCCACAGUACCCACGGGAUUUGACCUUCCCACUGCAUUCCGAGACGGGACUCCAGAGGGGGGGAGGCAGGACCCGUGUGUGCACGAGUUAGAUGACUCGCUAAACGCUGAAACCGAAAGCAAACAGCAGAUCACAACGGAUGCUGCAGAUGUGCGACUGAUUGGCGAUUUGAGUGUCGAGGUCGAAGUCAGUCUUAGUUUCGUUGUGAUUGUGACCGACUUCCGAAAGACGGACGCAGCAACAUGGAGUAACAUGGACCAACACCAACACCGGUUCGAACCGGAUUUGCUUGCCGUGCUCAUUGUGGAUCAGCGGGUAGUUGCCAAGCAGAAGCAGAAGGGCAGAAGGUGCAGCCGAGAUGGUGACACAGUGGUGUCGUACAGGGGAGUGUGUACGGCUGCCAUGUCCUUGUCGCGAUGGUCGGGGUUGCGGGAGAUCAUCGUGGACGUGGUGCACACCGACAGCCAGGAGUGCGACAUUGUGCAACUGACCGGGCUGCAAAGGUUGUGGGAUGGCUUGGAAGCGCACCGGGGGGGAACCCGAGUGAACCACACUUUCCCAGAAUUCAUUAGAGAGACCGCUCAGAGCUUCGCGUUGAGAGGUAGUGAUGGUGACGAUGAAAGUUACCAUCCGAAUGUCAUUGUCAUGAUGUUCCAUGACUUCGGAUGCCGUGCCAAAGCGAACACCUGGCAACAACUGCUCCGUUUGCUUCCCGUGGCACCGAUUUUGCCCCCGGACCCAGCCCGCUCGAGUCGCCGCUCGAGGUCGCCGUCACGGCAGGCGAAUGCAAGUUCCCGCCCUUCACGAUUUUCUAGUUUCGUGCGGUGUCGUCAUAAUAUACGACGGAGGGCGGCAGUUCAAGCCGCCGGAUCUUCUGGAUCACAGUGCUCGUCCGGGAACCGGGAAGGCGUUGCGGGUGUGGAUGUGGUGGACUCUGGGGACGUGGCGCCUGCACCACGAGAUCAACUCAUGCAACAGCAAUCCUUGGACAUGAUCCGGAGGCAAGAAGCUCAGAUCAAGAGCUUGAAGGCAAGCAAGAAGCAACUUCAGCAGAAGUAUCGACGCCUGCAACAUCAAAAUCAGAAGCGUGAAGACAAGUACAGGAAGGAGAUACAGAAGCUCAAGUCUGCAGACGACUUCCGUGUGCAGCGAACAAACGAUGAGUACUUCGACAAUCCGAAACGAAAGUGGAGUUGGCUGACACCGACAGGCAUUGUCAACGUUGGCGUGGCUCGUUCGGUACGGCGCAAUCUGUCGAACAUAUCCUGCGCGGACUUUGGUCGGGUGGUCUUGACGGACAUUUCAGCUACGACGGUGUCGCGGUGCGAGCUCAAGGUAGGAUCUAGCUUGGUUGCAUCCGCGAGGUUGUUCCAUACCAUCAUGAAGCAGUCACUUGCAGUGGAUUCUGAUCUUGCUGCUGCCCCACGUCACCCCACAGCUGCAUGGUCAUUGUGUGUGCACGCAUACAGACAAGAUGCGUCUAAUGGCCGCCAGAAGAUUAGUGCCAUGGAGCUCGACACCGUCUACAUCGCCAAUGUCAAACCGCAUGAGGAGCAGUCACUGGCAUGGCAGGACUUCAGAAGGCUCAAACGGCUUGCUGACCUUAUCAACAUUCGUGAUGAAUCCGGACCAGGCUCCGUAGAUGUGCACGACCUUGACCGUCUGUUUCUCUGCACCACAGACAAGGGCAGCAAUGAAUCCUGGGCCAGGCGCUGUAUUUUGGCAGAGAUGGCGGAGAAGCCAGGUGUUUUCUUUUUUGACAGCGACUGCCUGGAGCAUGCACCGCAUCUCGUGGUCAUGUCCUCACUCCUUCUUUGCGAUAGGCUCCUUGCCGGUCGUUGUCACUGGAAGUAUUGGACGUCCUUGGCCAUGUUUGCGCACACUGCACGUGACGUGGCCCAGCCCCUCUACGAGCGGUGGGGACAGCUUUGGGGAGCCUGUUCAGCCAAGGCAGCGGUGAAGAAGCUGUUCCCUCGGGCUGUGUCUCAGCGCUGGGGGCGAGUGCAUGAGCUCGAAGAACGCAUCCUGCAGGCAGGGGUUCCGAGGUUGGCGCUGUGCAUGGCCGAGGUCCUUACAGGCAAGGCCAUCGAUGAUGCGGAGGCAGAACGUCUGACGGACUUGCCAAAUGAUGUCGCUGCCACUGACCAGUGCUACAUGGAAGCCCUGCAGAAGAUCAGGCAAGCCGUCCAGGUCUCCAAGAAGAAGGCAGCCAGCCAAGAGAAGGCCACGGGCGCCAAGCAGACCCCCAACGAGCUCGAGGUCGAGCAAACCAAAGCUUACUCCAUUAAGAUGAGCCAAUGGAGGGGGCGGACUCUCUUGGCAAUGUCGGACCGAAUGUGGGGCAGGGUCAUACAAGUCAUGCAUCGUGCACGGGAGCCUAUUAUCCAUCUCAGCAACUUUGUCAAGAAGCUAGUGCCGGAACGCGAGUUUUUGGAACGUGGAGGCACUCUGGCACAGCUGGUAAUGGGCAAGGCAGAAUCCUUGCAAGCGGAGUUCCAGACACUGGCCAGUCGCUUGUUGCAGUCGGCACUGGCUCGCAUUUGCCUGCGGGCACAACGGGCGGCUAGUAGUAAUGUUGAAGUAUGA